UUCGAUCACAACAAAAGUGAAGUGCGAUGUGAUUCUAGGGAGCUUCGAAAGACGCUAUGUCGUUUUCUCGAUCACUGGCAAGAUUGAUACCCGCGGUUAAGGAGACGAUUCGGAACGGUCAAUUCCUGAGUCAAGAAAGGCUUCUUGUCACCUCUGCUCAGGGAGUCCUCUUUGGUGGUGAGCUUCCAGGCAGGGUGACAAUAGUCGAAGUUGGGCCUCGUGAUGGUCUGCAGAAUGAAAAGCAGGCGAUUCCUACCAGGACAAAGGUCGAGCUUAUAGACAGGCUGGGCAGGGCCGGGCUUAAGGUCAUAGAGGCGACCAGCUUUGUCUCUCCAAAGUGGGUACCUCAGCUGGCCGACUCCACUGAGGUCUUUCAGCAGAUCCCAAAGCGCCCGCACAUCCGCUACCCGGUCCUGACACCAAAUCUCAAGGGCUUGCAGCGCGCUAUAGCCGCUGGAGCCAAGGAGGUGGCCAUAUUUGCGGCGGCCUCUGAGACAUUCAGUCAGCGCAACAUCAACUGCAGCAUUGCAGAGAGCCUCAAGCGCUUUGAGGAAGUUGUGGAAGUUGCCAAAGAAGCCCAAGUGGCUGUGCGCGGCUAUGUCUCCUGUGUUGUGGGCUGCCCUUACGAGGGGGCUAUAGCUCCCGCUGCGGCUGCGGAUGUGGCUGCAAGGCUCUAUGGUCUUGGAUGCUACGAGGUGUCCAUGGGGGACACCAAUGGGGUUGGCACACCGGCGACUGUUGCAGCUAUGUUCAAGGAGUGUGCAAAUGCAAUCCCCGUGAAGGCAAUCGCGGCACAUAUGCAUGACACAUAUGGGCAGGGAUGCUCUAAUGUGCUGACAGCGCUGCAGAUGGGAAUCAGCACCAUUGAUUCAUCUAUAGCUGGGCUUGGUGGUUGUCCGUACUCUCCUGGUGCCUCAGGCAAUGUGGCCACAGAAGAUGUGGUGUAUCUUUUGUCUGGGUUUGGCAUUGAGCAUGGAGUAGACAUGGAUUCCCUUGUGGACACCAGCGCAUUCAUCUGCAAAGCACUGGGGAGAUCGUCAGGAUCGCAUGUAGCCCAAGCAAUGCUUGCUGCUCGCCAAAGAAAAGAACCAACUGCCAUGAUGAGUUGAUCUUGUGCAAUUUGGACACUUGUCUGCUAGUUGCAUGCAUCUCAGAUACUCUUCCAGAGAGCAGUGCUGCCAGCUCAGUGAGCUCAGGCCUUGAGGCUAGUGGCCGCGGGCUCUUGUGCAAAUUUUGGGACUCCUGUAAAAGCCCGUGACACACC